AUGACUAAAACCAAUUCUAGCAUCUUCCAGUUUGCGAUCUUCUUUAUGUUAACACUUGAGAUCAGACUCCAAAUAUCUGAUGACAGUGAACUCGUUAUUGACAGAUCAAAUAUGAAUCUCACCUAUGUUCCCAAAGAUCUAUCUCUGAAAACAAUGGUUCUAGAUGUAUCACAAAACUUCAUUUCUAAACUGCAGACUUCUGACAUCUUGUUACUAUCAAAGCUGAAGAUUUUGAUACUUUCUCAUAAUAGAAUUCAGUAUCUUAAUAUCAGUGUUUUCAAAUUCAAUCAGGAAUUGGAAUACUUGGAUUUGUCCCACAAUAAGCUAUUGAAGAUUUCUUGCCACCCUACUGUAAACUUCAAACACUUAGACCUCUCAUUUAAUGAAUUUGAUGUCCUGCCCAUCUGCAAGGAGUUUGGCAACCUGUCUCAAUUAGAAUUUCUGGGAUUGAGUGCCACGCAGUUGCAAAGAUCCAGUGUGCUACCAAUUGCUCAUUUGAAUAUCAGUAAGGUUUUGCUGGUCUUAGGAGACACUUAUGGGCAAAAUGAAGACCCUAUGAGCCUCCAAGACUUAAACACAAAGAGUUUACACAUUGUUUUUCCCACCCAAAAGGAAUUCCAUUUUGUUUUGGGUGUAGCAGUCAACACUGUUGUCAGCUUAGAGCUGUCUAAUAUCAGGUAUGUGCGAGAUGAUUAUGAAAAUUCUCAUUUCAUAAAACUGUUCGAACUUCGACAGAAUCAAAGGUUACUGAAUCUUACUUUAAACAACAUUGAAACAACCUGGCAUGCUUUCAUUAAGAUCCUCCAGUUGGUUUGGCAUUCAAGCAUAGAGUAUUUUUCUAUUUCAAAUGUGAAACUAAUGGGUCAGCUUAACCAGAAAUUUAACUAUUCUGACACUUCACUGAAGGCUUUGUCUAUACACCAAGUGUUCAAUGAUGUGUCGCAUUUUCAACAGAAGUUGAUUUAUGACAUCUUAUCAAAUAUGAAUAUCUCACAUCUCACAGUCACUGGUACACGCAUGAUGCAGAUGCAUUGCCCCCAGCAAAUUAGCUCAUUUGUGUAUUUGGAUUUUUCCAAUAAUCUCUUAACAGAUGAAAUUUUUAAAAAUUGUGCAACCUUGACUGUAUUGGAGAUAUUUGUUUUAAAAAUGAAUAAAUUAAAACAACUUGUUAAUAUAGCUAAUAUGACCAAGGACAUGAAGUCGCUACAAAAAUUGGAUAUUAGCCAGAAUUCCCUAAGGUAUGAAAAUGAAGGAGAUUGCUUUUGGACUAAAAGUUUAUUAGUUUUAAACAUGUCUUCAAACCUACUUACAGACUCUGUUUUCAGAUGUUUACCUCUAAGGAUCACAGUCCUUGAUCUUCAUGAUAACAGAAUAAUUAGUAUCCCUAAAGAUGUCACCAGCCUGGAAGAUUUGGAAGAACUAAAUAUUGCUUUUAAUUCAUUAACUGACCUUCCUGGAUGUGCUACUUUUCACAGCCUUUCUGUCCUGAUCAUUGACUAUAAUUUAGUUUCACACCCAUCAGCUGAUUUCUUCUAUAGCUGUCAGAAUAUUACAUCAAUAAAAGCAGGGAACAAUCCAUUCCAAUGUUCGUGUGAACUAAGAGAAUUUAUCAGAAAUAUAAGUCAGAUAUCAAGGGAUGUGGUGGAGGACUGGCCUGAAUCUUAUAAGUGUGCCUACCCAGAAAGCUCUAAGGGGACCGCACUCAAGGACUUCCACAUGUCUCCAUUAUCCUGCAACACAGCUCUGCUGAUUGCCACCAUUGGGCUCACCAUGUUGCUGGUGGUGGUUAUUGUGACCUUCCUGUGCAUCUAUAUGGAUCUGCCCUGGUAUCUCAGGAUGGUGUGUCAGUGGACUCAGACUCGGCACAGAGCUAAGAAUGUACCUUUAGAAGAACUCCAAAGAAAUCUCCAGUUCCAUGCUUUUAUUUCAUAUAGUGGCCAUGAUUCUGCCUGGGUGAAGAAUGAAUUACUACCAAACCUAGAAAGAGAAGACAUUCAGAUUUGUCUCCAUGAGAGAAACUUUGUGGCUGGCAAAAGCAUCAUUGAAAACAUCAUCAGCUGCAUUGAGAAAAGUUACAAGUCCAUCUUUGUUUUGUCUCCCAACUUUAUUCAGAGUGACUGGUGCCAUUAUGAACUCUACUUUGCCCACCACAAACUCUUUCACGAAGCUUCUGAUAACUUAAUCCUGAUCUUGCUAGAACCCAUUCCACAGUACUCCAUUCCUAGCAAUUAUCACAAGUUAAAAACUCUCAUGGCAAGGAGGACCUAUUUGGAAUGGCCCAAGGAAAAGAACAAGCACGGACUUUUUUGGGCUAACCUUAGAGUUGCCAUUAAUGUAAAGCUGGUAGAACAAAAGAAAUAGAUCACAUGUGAAUUUAAAAAAAAAUAA